CACGUCUAAUCCGCCAAAAUGGAAAACGAGAAGGGCGAAAUCGUCGAUCUCUACGUCCCACGCAAGUGCAGUGCCACCAACCGCAUUAUCAAGGCCAAGGAUCACGCUUCCGUUCAAAUUAGCAUUGCUAAGGUUGAUGAGAAUGGCCGAUACACCGGCGAAAACCAGGUCUAUGCUCUGUCCGGAUUCGUACGCGCUAUGGGUGAGGGUGACGACAGCUUGAACCGUUUGGCCCAGAGGGAUGGAUUCUUGAAGAAUGUCUGGAGCGCAAGCCGAUAAGCGGGAGGAGAGAAAUCGUGUUUUAGAUGUCAAAUGGUAC